CGCCUCACAUUCCCCUCUACCGGAUCUGGGUGUCCAUUCUCCACGACAUGUCAAACAAAAAAGUAAAGGAACCAGCUCAAGAAGCGUACUACGGCCCAAAGGGUGUACACCAAGACGAACUGGUGUUUGGAAUUGCCCGCAUCUAUGCUUCCUUCAAUGACACGUUCGUGCACAUCACCGAUUUGUCCGGAAAAGAAACCAUAUGUCGUGUGACAGGGGGUAUGAAAGUCAAGGCGGACCGAGAAGAAUCCAGUCCUUAUUCAGCCAUGUUGGCGGCACAAGACUGCGCCGCUAGGUGCAAGCAGGUGGGAGUCACCGCCAUCCAUGUCAAACUGCGUGCCACGGGCGGUACAAAAACAAAAACGCCCGGCCCAGGCGCACAACCCGCACUCAGAGCACUCGCCCGUGCCGGAUUAAAAAUCGGACGUAUCGAAGAUGUCACGCCUAUUCCAACCGAUGCAACUAGAAGAAAGGGUGGUCGCCGCGGUCGCCGACUUUAA